GAUAAAUUGUACCCAAACGAUAAAUAAAUCGAGAUGGUUAGGGGAGUAACAAGAAGAGAAAGGAGCAGAUCACCAGAGCGAAAACGACGAAGAUCCAGAAGUAAAGACCGCUCUAAAAGACGUAGGAGUCGCUCUAGAGAGAGGAGAAGUAGAUCACGCGAUAGGAGAAGUCGAUCGAGGGAUCGAAAAGAACGCGAACGCAGAUCUUAUAGUAGAGAAAGAGAUCGUAGAGAUAGGGGUACGGAUAAUAAAGAUAAAAGAUUUGGAAAAUCGCGGCGAAGAGAUCGAUCCCCACGAUCGCGUUCGAAAGGUAAAGAUGACCCAGAUUUACCUUUUGACCCAACAAAUCUUGAUAAAGAAGAAGAACAACGCAAAUUGGAGUUGGAAAUGCAAAAAAGGCGUGAAAGAAUUGAGAGGUGGAGAGCAGAAAGAAAAAAGAAACAAGAUUCUAUAAAAAAGGAUCAAAAAACUGCAACACCAUCCUCAAAGAAAUGGUCUUUAGAAGAUGACUCAGAGGAUGAUGAGAAAGGGGUUACUGAAAAAUCUGAGGAUAAAAUAGAUGAGGAAAAAGUGGAAUUAGAAGGUGAAAAAAGUGAUGAUAAAGAAAAAGAUGAAAAAGAUGAGAUAAAAGAGGAGGAGGAAGAAAUUGAUCCUUUAGAUGAAUACAUGAGGGGGGUCCAAGAAGAAGUGAGACAAAUUAAUAAAUUUGAUGUAAAAAAAUCCAAACCGGAUAAUAACUCAAACAAAAGUUUGGUUAUUUUUACAGGUGUGGCAAAAUCAAAAGUAAGCAAAAACAAAGGCGAAUUAAUCGAGCAAAACCAAGAUGGUUUAGAAUACUCCUCAGAAGAAGAACAAGAAGAUCUAAAAGACACCGCCGCUAACAUAGCAAACAAACAAAAAAAAGAAUUAGCCAAAAUCGAUCAUAACGAAAUCAUGUACCACACAUUUCGCAAAAAUUUUUAUGUUGAAGUCCCAGAAAUAGCCCGGAUGACCCAAGAAGAAGUCGACACUUACAAAGAAGAACUCGAAGGGAUUCGCGUUAAAGGAAAAGGAUGCCCAAAACCCAUCAAAACUUGGGCACAAUGCGGAGUCUCAACAAAAGAAUUAAACAUCUUAAAAAAACUCGGUUUUGAAAAACCCACCCCCAUCCAAGCCCAAGCAAUACCCGCGGUAAUGUCGGGGCGAGAUUUAAUUGGAAUCGCAAAAACCGGAAGUGGCAAAACACUCGCAUUUUUACUCCCAAUGUUUCGACAUAUUCUUGAUCAACCACCUUUGGAUGAAACGGACGGUCCAAUUUCGAUAAUUAUGACCCCAACGCGCGAAUUAUGCAUGCAAAUUGGAAAAGAUAUUAAAAAAUUCACGAAAAGUUUAAAUUUACACUCUGUGUGUGUUUAUGGCGGGACGGGAAUUUCGGAACAAAUCGCCGAAUUAAAACGAGGCGCCGAAAUAAUCGUUUGCACCCCAGGGAGAAUGAUCGAUAUGUUAGCCGCGAAUGGGGGGAAAGUAACAAAUUUAAGAAGGGUUACUUAUAUCGUUUUAGACGAAGCCGAUCGCAUGUUUGAUAUGGGUUUUGAGCCCCAAGUUAUGCGAAUUAUCGAUAAUGUUCGCCCGGAUCGACAAACUGUCAUGUUUAGUGCGACUUUUCCCCGACAGAUGGAGGCAUUAGCGAGGAGGAUUCUCCAAAAACCGAUUGAAGUCCAAGUUGGGGGGAGAUCCAUCGUUUGUAAAGACGUGGAGCAACACGCCGUCGUUUUAGAGGAGGAUCAAAAAUUUUUAAAACUAUUAGAAUUAUUAGGCCUUUAUCAAGAACACGGGAGUAUAAUAGUUUUCGUCGAUAAACAAGAAAACGCCGAUAUCUUACUAAAAGAAUUAAUGAAAGCCGCUUAUAACUGUUUAAGCUUACACGGGGGAAUCGACCAAUUCGAUCGUGAUUCAACAAUAAUCGAUUUUAAAAACGGCAAAGUUAAAUUAUUGAUCGCAACUUCGGUCGCGGCGCGUGGAUUAGACGUUAAACAAUUAAUCUUGGUGAUUAAUUACGAUUGCCCGAAUCAUUACGAAGAUUACGUCCAUCGAUGUGGAAGAACCGGAAGGGCCGGUAAUAAAGGUUUCGCUUACACUUUUAUCACCCCAGAACAAGCGCGAUAUUCCGGCGAUAUCGUAAAAGCCUUCGAAUUAGCCUCAGUAACCGUCCCUGAAUCGUUAAGAAAUUUAUGGGAAGCCUACAAAGCGAAACAAGAAGCUGAAGGAAAAAAAGUCCACACCGGCGGGGGAUUCAGCGGAAAAGGAUUCAAAUUCGACGAAAGCGAAGCCGCCGCGGUUAAUGAACGUAAAAAGUUCCAAAAAGCCGCUUUAGGAUUACAAGAUUCGGAUGAUGAGGAUUUAGAGCACGAUAUUGAUCAACAAAUUGAAAGUAUGUUUGCUACAAAACGAACGGUUAAAGAAAUUAAAGCCCCCCUUGGGAUUAUUAACCCCGCUACGAUUAACGCGCAAAAUACCGCGAUCGAUAAAUUAGAACUUGCGAAGAGAUUAGCGUCGAAGAUUAAUUUAGCCAAAAAUAUAACUGGCGAUACCAAAUUUGCAACCCAACAAGCCGCCGAAUCAAUCUUAAAAGGAAGCGGAAGCCAACCUUUAAUUACAGCUAAAACCGUAGCGGAACAAUUAGCCGCGAAAUUAAAUACAAGAUUAAAUUAUCAACCCAAAGAUGAAGAUGAUCGAAAUGAUGAAGAUUCCGAGCAAACGUUUAGGAAAUAUGAGGAGGAAUUAGAGAUUAAUGAUUUCCCACAACAAGCUAGAUGGAGAGUCACAUCAAAGGAGGCUUUAGCCCAAAUUUCAGAAUAUUCGGAAGCCGGGAUAACAGUUCGCGGGACUUACGUCCAAACGGGAAAAGCACCCCCGGAAGGAGAGCGAAAACUUUAUUUAGCAAUUGAAAGUACCAGUGAUAUAGCCGUAUCGAAAGCCAAGUCAGAAAUAACACGAUUAAUCAAAGAGGAAUUGUUAAAAUUACAAACGGCGGGUCACCACACCUUUAAUAAAUCAAGAUAUAAAGUUAUUUAAGGAAAUAUUUUAAUCGAUUUUGUGA